GUGCACGUUCUUAAGCAGUCAUUGGCUGCUCCAGGAAAGUAGGCGGGGUGAAUGAGGGAACGGUGAGGUAGAGGGUCAGGGGUUAGUGAGGCCGGAAGUGGGUGCAAUAAAGUUUCUCCAGGGAGGCCGGGUCCUGGGAGAAAGUUGGAGCGGCGACCUAAGGAAGCAGUGUCGCAAUCCAGAACCAAAUAGGUCCGCGGUGCGGUGUGGAGACUCCAUGCAGCCCUGGACAUGAACAAGCUGAGUGGAGGCGGCGGGCGCAGGACUCGGGUGGAAGGGGGCCAGCUAGGGGGCGAGGAGUGGACCCGCCACGGGAGCUUUGUCAAUAAGCCCACGCGGGGCUGGCUGCAUCCCAACGACAAAGUCAUGGGACCUGGGGUUUCCUACUUGGUUCGGUAUAUGGGCUGUGUGGAGGUCCUGCAGUCCAUGCGUGCCCUAGACUUUAACACCCGGACUCAAGUCACCAGGGAGGCCAUCAGUCUGGUGUGUGAGGCUGUGCCGGGUGCUAAAGGGGCAACAAGGAGGAGAAAGCCCUGUAGCCGCCCUCUCAGCUCCAUCCUGGGGAGGAGUAACCUGAAAUUUGCUGGAAUGCCAAUCACUCUAACAGUCUCCACCAGCAGCCUCAACCUCAUGGCAGCUGACUGCAAACAGAUCAUCGCCAACCACCACAUGCAGUCCAUCUCGUUUGCGUCCGGUGGGGACCCGGACACAGCUGAAUACGUCGCCUAUGUUGCCAAAGACCCCGUGAAUCAGAGAGCCUGCCACAUCUUGGAGUGUCCUGAAGGGCUCGCCCAGGAUGUCAUCAGCACCAUUGGCCAGGCCUUUGAGUUACGCUUCAAACAAUACCUCAGGAACCCACCCAAGCUAGUCACUCCCCAUGACAGGAUGGCUGGCUUUGAUGGUUCAGCUUGGGAUGAGGAGGAGGAAGAACCACCAGACCAUCAGUACUAUAAUGACUUUCCGGGGAAGGAACCCCCUCUUGGUGGGGUAGUGGACAUGAGGCUUCAGGAAGGAGCUGCCCCAGGGGCUGUUCGACCCACUCCAGCCAGUGCCCAGACGCCCAGUCACCUGGGUGCUACUUUGCCUGUGGGGCAGCCUGUUGCAGGGGAAUCAGAAAUCCGAAAGCAAAUGCCACCUCCACCACCCUGUCCAGCAGGUCGAGAACUCUUUGAUGAUCCCUCCUAUGUCAACGUCCAAAACCUAGACAAGGCCCGGCAAGCAGGGGGCAGGGGCGGGCCCCCCAAUCCUGCUGUCAAUGGCAGUGCUCCUCGAGACCUCUUUGACAUGAAGCCCUUUGAAGAUGCCCUUCGGGUGCCUCCACCUUCCCAGCUGGUAUCCAUGGCUGAGCAGCUCCGAGAGGAGUCCUGGUUUCACGGGAAGCUGAGCCGGCGGGAGGCUGAGGCACUGUUGCAGCUCAACGGGGACUUCCUGGUGCGGGAGAGCACGACCACACCUGGCCAGUAUGUGCUCACAGGAUUGCAGAGUGGUCAGCCUAAGCACCUGCUCCUGGUGGACCCUGAGGGUGUGGUUCGGACAAAGGAUCACCGAUUUGAGAGUGUCAGCCAUCUCAUCAGCUACCACAUGGACAAUCACUUGCCCAUCAUCUCUGCGGGCAGCGAACUGUGUCUGCAGCAGCCAGUGGAGAGAAAAGUGUGAUCCUUCUCUACGCUCUCUCUGAAGAUGACCUCCAGCCCUUCCACCCUCUUCCCUGACUCUCAGGACCUCUCGUUCUGCGGACUGGGCCUUGUGUAGGAGCCUUCAGUGGCGUGAACACUGGGCUCAGUGUCUGCUCGAGAUGGUUUGAGUCAGGAGACUGGGGUAGAAUCCUGUUUCUCCCCAAACCUCACCAAAGUAUUAAUGUACAGAGUGGUUCCCUUCCCUGGGCCUUGCCUGUGCCAAUCUGAUACUCCCCUUCCCCAGGAAGGUGGGUGCUUGAGACCUGGGCAGUGCCUCUUUGUAAUGGAAAAGGUCCUGUGGUGAUAAGCUGAGUUGAGUUACCACCCUUCCAGGGAAGGGGGAAUUGAGUCACACCUUUAUUCUAUCCCUGGGCUCAGGGUCCCCCCUCAAACUCCUCAUAACCCUCCCUCCCAUGUUUAAACUUUGUGCCUUUGACCGUCUCCUAGGUCUGAAGAUAUUUUAUGCA